GUUUGGGCUUUUUAGAUCUUUUUUCUGCCUUUUGGUUUUCCCCUGGUCGCUCUUAAGUUUUGGAACUGAAAAGAUCAAUUUUUUUCAUGAAAAGACACAUUUUCUUUUUUUUCCUGCCGCGAGAGGCAUGUUGCUUCCACGAGUCGUGCCUCUCGGAAACGGAAAAAAUGCGUUUUUCCUUCCGUGAGAAGCACGGAUUUGUUUCCGCGAGAGGCACAAUCCUGUCGUCGCAAAUGAAAAAAAACACGUUUUCUUUUGUUUUCCUUCAACGAGAGGCACAGUCGUGCCUUCGCAAACAAAAUCCUUCCGCGAGAGGCAAGUCGUGCCUCUCGAAAAUGGAAAGAAAACACGUUUUCUUUUUUCUUUUUCCUUCCGUGAGAGGCACGGAUUUGCUUUCGCGAGAGGCACAAUCAUGUCUAUCGGAAAUGAAGAAAAACGCGUUAUCUUUUUUUUUCUGCGAGAGGCACACAUUUAUUUCUCGUGGAGGCAUGGUUUUGCUUCUACGAGAGGCACAAUUUUUUCAUCCGGUUUUGAAAUAAAAAAGGGUUCAUCAAACCUAUCAAUAUGGGAUCUAGUUUUGAAGAUCUCGGCGUGAGGAAUUAACGGUAAAAACGGUUCAAGAUUUGAACCUACGGUUUACAUUUUGAAUAAAAGGAUUAAGAAAACUUUCAAAUUAUGACAAAUGGCGCAAAUGAUUUUUGCAAAGAGUGCUCGAUUUCGCGAGACAUAGCUCUCGCGAUAUUUUACAAGUGUUUUGGGCGCCAAAACGGCGUACCAAGCGGGGCCUCACGGCAUUUCAUCGUGGUAUUCUGCACUCCUGAGUCGUACACUAGGACAGCUGUCGACUAACUGAUUUUAUAGCACUAAAAAAGACUCAUUGAUUCGAGUCUGACGCACAUCAUCAUCGGUCGGGUACCGUUAUACUGUAAUUCCCACGCGGUGGGUAUCCAUUUGUGCAAUGUCAAAGUCGCCGCCGCAGCGGAAAGUAAUCGUCUGCGUGGUGAUCACAACUCGCGAGCAUCCGAUCCGAUCUCAUUAGCCACAGGAACGGCUCACCUGCGCGACCUGCUUGGAUGGCAGCCAUGGCGCCAACUAAGGACGGCGAGCCGCCGCUGCACAUCCUCUUCUUCCCUUUCCUCCUUCCUGGCCACCUUAUCCCGAUGGCCGACAUGGCCGUGCUCUUCGCCGCUCGCGGCGUCAGGUGCACCGUCCUCACCACCCCCGUCCAAGCCUCCACCAUCCGCUCCGUCGUCGAUCGAGCGAACGACUCCAGCAGCGCCGCCGGCACCCCGAUGUCCAUCUCCGUCGUGCCUUUCCCCGACGUUGGGCUCCCGAUGGCCGCACAGAGCGGGAGGGACCUUGCUACCUCCAGGGACUACCACGACAGGUUCCUCCAGACGGUGGAGCUGCUCCGGGAGCCCUUCUGCCGGUUCCUGUCCGACCACCACGCCGACAUCGACGCCGUGGUCUCCGACAGCCUCUUCCACUGGUCCGCUCACGCCGCCGCCGAGCACGGCCUCCCGCGCAUCGCGUUCCUCGCCACCAGCAUGUUCGCCCGUGCCUGCACCGACACCGUGCUCCGGAGCAACGUGUUUGAGUCGUGCUCUGACGACCACGGUGCCGUCGUAUCCCUGCCGGGGCUGCCGCACCGUGUCGAGCAGCGGCGGAGCCAGAUGAUGGACCCUGCAAAGCGGCCACAUGAGUGGGCUAUGUUCCAGCUCAUCCACGCCGCGGACAGGUCGAGCUACGGCGAGCUCUUCAAUAGCUUCCGCGUGCUGGAGCCGGGCUACGCCGAGCAUUAUCGUGCCACGCAGCUCCGCCGCCGCGCGUGGCUUGUCGGGCCGGUGGCGCUCGCAAGCGGCAGCCUCGAGGAUGUGGCGUCAAGAGGCGCCGUCGCCGGCGCGCUCUCGCCGGACGCCGCCGUGUGCCUGCGGUGGCUCGACGCCAAACAGGCCAGCUCGGUGGUGUACGUCUCCUUCGGCACGAUGACCAACUUUUCGCCAGAGCAGAUGCGGGAACUCGCCCGCGGCCUCGACCUCUCCGGCAAGAACUUCGUGUGGGUCAUUGCCAAGGGCUCCACCGCCGCAUCGUCUGACCCGUCUACGCCAGACGGGUUCCCAACGGCAAACCGUGGGUACAUCGUCCGAGGAUGGGCGCCGCAGGUGCUCAUCCUGAACCACCCUGCCGUCGGCGGGUUCGUGACGCACUGCGGGUGGAACUCGACGCUGGAGGCCGUGAGCGCCGGCGUGCCGAUGGUGACGUGGCCGCGGUACGCCGACCAGUUCUACAACGAGAAACUCGUGGUUGAGGUGCUCGGCGUGGGUGUGGGCGUCGGCGCCGAAGACUACGCGUCGUGCCUGGAGACCCACCGGGUGAUCGCUGGCGAGGCGAUCGCCGAAUCCAUCCGGAGAGUGAUGGGGGAGGAGGGCGACGGCGCCGCCAUGCGGAAGGAGGCGAAGGAGCUCGGGGUGAUGGCGAGGGGCGCGGUGGAGAAGGGCGGGUCGUCGUACGACGAUGUAGGGCAGCUCAUGGAGGAGUUGAUCGCCCGCCGGAGUUCCGUCGGAUGUACCGCCGAUGGGUAAUGGUGAUCCUCUAGCUAUCACUCGAUGUCACUGUGAAUUUGAUGUGUAUGUGUAUGUGUAUGUGUAUGAUAUCUCUAUC